GUGCCCAGGGGCUGCCACCCGCCUGGGCCAAUGCUAGCGGUGCAGCCACCGGCGCGCUCGCGAGGCGCCCGGAGCACCAGUCCGCUGCUGGGUGUCGAUGAUCUGCAGGCCAGGCUAACUCUCUCGGGGCCCAGGCUAGCUCUCUUAGAUGCCAGAGGGGCCUGUACGAGCCAGCCAAGGAAGCUGAGAGCCCAGGAGCCAAGCUGCUGCACUCACGGGCGCACGGCUGGGUAAAGGACAGCUUCUGAGUGCUGGAGAACCGAGAGCUCGUGGAAAGCAAGAUGUCCCCGUAGAGUCUUGGUUCCCCAGAGCCCACUGAGGUGAGAGGAAAAUCUCUGGGCUACUUGGUUCUAAACUGACUGAAAAGCAGCCAUGGAGAUGGCAUCUGAGCAACUGAAUGGGAGCCAGAUAUGGAUGCCUUCCCCAUUUGACAUCAAUGGGUCACUGCAGCCAAGCAAUGACUCCAACCAGACAGAGCCAUAUUACGACAUGACAAGCAACGCGGUCCUCACGUUCAUCUACUUCGUGGUAUGCGUUGUCGGACUGUGUGGCAACACGCUCGUCAUUUACGUCAUCCUCCGCUAUGCCAAGAUGAAAACCAUCACCAAUAUCUACAUCCUCAACUUGGCCAUUGCAGAUGAACUCUUCAUGCUGGGGCUGCCCUUCUUGGCCAUGCAGGUGGCACUGGUCCACUGGCCUUUCGGCAAGGCCAUCUGCCGGGUGGUCAUGACUGUAGAUGGCAUCAAUCAGUUCACCAGUAUCUUCUGCUUGACAGUCAUGAGUAUCGACCGUUACCUAGCUGUGGUCCACCCUAUCAAGUCAGCCAAGUGGAGGCGACCCCGGACAGCCAAGAUGAUCAAUGUGGCCGUGUGGGGCAUCUCUCUGCUGGUCAUUUUGCCCAUCAUGAUAUAUGCUGGCCUCCGGAGCAACCAGUGGGGGAAGAGCAGCUGUACCAUCAACUGGCCAGGUGAAUCUGGGGCAUGGUACACAGGGUUCAUUAUCUAUGCCUUCAUCCUGGGGUUCCUGGUACCCCUCACCAUCAUUUGUCUUUGCUACCUGUUUAUCAUCAUCAAGGUGAAAUCCUCUGGAAUCCGAGUGGGAUCGUCCAAGAGGAAAAAGUCAGAGAAAAAGGUCACCCGAAUGGUGUCCAUCGUGGUGGCUGUCUUCAUCUUCUGCUGGCUCCCUUUCUACAUCUUCAAUGUCUCGUCUGUGUCCGUGGCCAUCAGUCCCACCCCGGCCUUGAAAGGCAUGUUUGACUUUGUGGUGAUCCUCACCUACGCCAACAGCUGCGCCAACCCCAUCCUCUACGCCUUCUUAUCUGACAACUUCAAGAAGAGCUUCCAGAACGUUCUCUGCUUGGUCAAGGUGAGUGGUACGGAUGACGGGGAGCGGAGCGACAGUAAGCAGGACAAAUCCCGGCUGAACGAGACCACAGAGACCCAGAGGACCCUCCUCAACGGAGACCUCCAAACCAGUAUCUGAGAUACCUGGAAACACAGCGCGCGCACAUGUGCGCACACACACACACAAGCCAAGCCUGCCUCCUGGCAGUGCGCUUCCCCUCACCUGCUUCAGGCCUCCCCACCCAUCAGAGUUGGCUUCUAGAACAGACUGUUCUACAGGAGCCCAGUUCAGAGGACAGGAUUUGAGGCUGCUUGUCUGAGAGUAUAUCCCACUGAUUACGUCUCCCUUAAAGUGAACAUUUUCAUGCAGGCAGACAAUUCAAAGUCUGGAGAAGAGGACAUCCUUGCCUGGGUGUGAUGUUGAGGAAAGCAGCCGCCCAGAAGAAAUUGAAAAAAAAAGGAAAAAAAAAAACCUAAACUAAACCAAAACCCUGUGUAUGUGUGCUUAUACACUACGUAAUCUUGUGAUCUGAUAUUUACAUUUGUGUAUUCCUACCUAGUCUCUUCGGAGCCAGUACAUACAUGUCUUGUGUUUGCAAACUGAAGUAGCUAGUUCGUGUGUGCUAGUGUAGGUGAACAUUUACCAAAACACUGAACCUGAAGAAAUGAACCUGCCAUGACAAGCCAACCAAGUCUAAACUUCCGGCAUCUCUCUCACAUGGGCCUUUUCCAGACCCAGAAGGAGCAUGAGCGGUAUGUUAUAUGAUAAUAUGUUUUUGUAAAAAAAAAAAAAAAAGGAAAAAAUGGUGAAAGUAAGGUAUUUUUGUAUUCUUCUUCCUGGAGUGUUCCUAAGCUAUAUAAGCUUCUCGGCUCACGGGCGCUGCCUCUGAGCCGAGACAGUUGUUUCGUCCAUUUCACACAUGUUAGUCAGAGUAAAAAGAGAGAGAAACAUACUGUGAGAGUCAGAAUAUAAACACGAGUUUGCCUCUCAGAUGCAAUCAGUUACUCAUUUACCCCAAAGGACGGCAAGGGUUGUGGUCAUCGAGCACUGUGUGUGUCAAGACAAAGCAUGCUUUGUUAUCAGACUGGAUGUUUCUCUCCUCAAAUUGCUUUAGUUUUACUUAAGUAGACAUUGGGGAAGGGCUGGGAUCAGUGACCUGAAAGGCAAAAAAACAGACUAUGAUGCUUGUGGGUAAACAAUUUGCUCCCCAACA